AUGGCUGUGAUAUGGGGCUUGGACCUGCAUGCAAUGCAGUGGUCCAAAUUCAAGUCGUCGUACAUGUUUACUCGGGUAUACCAUUUGCGAAGAGUCAAGAUGAUUGUCUACCAACUCGCCAUGAUCCUCUGCGUUUGCUCCGAGUCAGUGGGCACAGCAGCCUUGUCGGAUUACGUCGACCAGCAAUCCUUCAUCGAGAAACAGAACCACUUGGCCACAGUAUAUAACAAUGAUUUUGUCGGGAUCGCUUCGUAUAACAUCUUCGUGGGAAUUGCUGUUGCCACAAUCCUUGGAGCUGCGUUUUUCUUCGAUUUAUUCUGGCCGGAACGUCAUGAAACUCGCUCGGUUCACCUUGCUUGGAAGAUAUGUACGGCGGUUAUCACCGUCAUGUGUUCUGCAGAUGCUAUUGCGAUGACAGUUAUUGUCGCCACCAGACACGCAUACAUCUCCGGCGUUGAUGCAAACGAGGCAACUCGAUUGCUUGAGGCAUCAAUCAAGAACCCGAACCUUUACUACCGACACAAUCCAAAAUGUCUUGCAUCUGUGAUCCUCCUCUGGCCGGGCAUGGUCGCCACCAUUGGUAGCUGUUAUCUCUUGAUUGCAUCACAAAAUCACGACGACAAGCAUGGGCCAUUUUCUCGUCAUGGCCAGGAAGAGCAAGAUGCAGUGCGACGAGCCAAGGCAGAGACUCAACCAAAUGGAGAGAUAGAUAAUGAAAAAACCAUUGUCUGA